GAGCUGUGGCGGCACGUUGCUCUCUACAGCACUACCGCACGCCUCCUCUCACUCUCUCCGGUAGUAGAGCCUCUCCACGCCGCUGCUCCGUCACCGGUAGCCGGCCUGUGAGUCUGGAGGCUCUCCGGUACCGAGACAAACCAACACCACCAUCCUUCCUCCCCCCUUUCUCUCCACACUCCUCCUCCUCCUCUUCUGGCUCCGCUUCUGCUGCAGCGUCCACGUUCAGGUGAGCCUCGUCCCCGGAACAAACAAGUCCUCUCUCCGGCACCGGCACCGGGUGAUCGCUCGCUCCUUCCCGUUAAAUGUGAUGUUAUAAAUGGGCCGCGCAGGCUGUGAAGCCUCGCCAGAAGAAGCAGCAGGAUGGAGGCUAAACCCGGAUCGUGUGAGGCGGGGCUGCUGCUCCUGCUGGGCUUCUCCUCCGUUCAUGCCGACACCCUGCUGUCAGCUCCACUCAAUGUGACCAUCACAGACAUUGAGGUAAACUCCGCCAUGGUCACGUGGGAGAUCUCGGAGGGGGACCCUGUCAUUGGAUUCGCCAUCACCCAACAGAAGAAGGAUGCUCGCAUGCUGAGGUUCAUCCAGGAAGUCAACACCACCACGCGCUCCUGUGCUCUGUGGGAUCUGGAUGAGGACACAGAGUACUUCGUCCAUGUUCAGAGCAUCAGCAUGGGAGGCAGCAGCCCCCCUAGUGAACCCUUCCUCUUCAGAACGCCAAAAGAGUCGGAGAAGCAGGCGUCCAAAAGCCCAGAUGAGGUGACAAUGGAGGAGGUUGGUCAGGAUGCUCAGCUGAGGGCAGGAGAACUCAUCAUCAUCGUUGUGGUGCUCAUCAUGUGGGCAGGGGUGAUAGUCCUGUUUUGUCGCCAGUACGACAUCAUCAAAGACAACGAGCCCAACAACAACAAGGACAAAGCCAAGAACUCCUCAGAGUGCAGUACUCCAGAGCACCCACGGGGUGGAAUACUGCGCAGCAACGUCUGAGACCAGCAGAGCCUUGUGCAAUAACCGACUCCUCCAACCUCAGGACAGUCUUCACUAUAUUGGAACUUUUACUGUACUUUGUCUCUCAUCAAGUUCAGUCAAUGUGUUUCCUCCAGACCCUGAGACCAACAGAAAGCCAUCGUACUGAAGCACAGACAAACCAUUACAGAAACUCUUCCUUUACAUAAUGAAGAACUCUUCCGAAACAAUGGACACACAUGUGAACAGUCAGAGAUGAAACAGAAGAGGGCAAACCUACAUUUACAUUUGUUGUGAGUGACGAAAACUGGACUGCAGCCUAAUCUGGUCGAUAUAGACACAUACAAAUGACUGUCAAAGCAUGGAGGGGAUGUAUUUUCCUAUAAACAAGAACUGCUUGAUUCAAACGUUCUGGUUACUUUUCAUCAGUGGCAUCGAAUCCCAGAAGUGGAUCAUCAAUCAUGGAAGUCUGGUUGUUGUUUUUUUGGCUUCAAAGGUCAGACAUGGCAGAACAGUGGGAACACCUGAAUAAGAUGGUUGAGGUAAAAGUCAGCACACAACAUCAAUACUUUUUCUAUCCUUCUAUCUACAUUCCUUCCUUCUUGUCUUAACAGCUCUUUGUGUGGCAGCCCAUCUAUCUCCCUGUCUUUCUUUGAUUGUCUCUAAUAGGUCCAGUGAUGUUUGGUGCUCCUGCUAAUGUGAUUGUUUGAGCCCUCACAAUCCCAGUUUAAUACGGUAUAAUUAUGUUAUUUGGUCAGAAAUAUUGCACGUUGAGUCUUGUCUCCUGCCUUGCAUCAUCAGUUAAAUGAUACUUACUUUCUGAUAGGUAACCUUAACACCUUGUCACUUUGUUUUUUUAAAUCUCACCAUACUGUCCUUAUAUGAGUUGGAUGACACUGUCUGAAUACAUCCAUAAUUCAGAUAAAGUUCAAGGCUUGAACAGGCAAUCUUUCAUCACAGUCUUGUCUCAUUUCAAAUACAAAUUGUACAACUUCCAUGUUUUGAAAUCCAUAAGUUAACCUCAGUGUCAAUCUUUGAGCUUUCCUUUUUGUUCAUCACUGCAUUUUCAGCACCAUAUGUAGGAUGUGCAAGGAUUUGAGACAUCAUUUAUAAUGAAAUAUACACAAAGUUUGGCUGAGUUUUUAUUGUGGUUGGCCUGAAACCAGCAUGGAAACCAGACUGUAGGAGAAUACUGAUAAUCCACUGAGUUUUGCGACUGUUUUAUAAUGUAAACCAUUUUCUCUGAGACCCCUUCUGAAUCUUUAAUUAACAUGCAAUGCUGUGAAGAGAUAGAGGGAAACACAUUCAAUUAGCCGUCCAAUCAAAACUGUUAUGAAUGUGUAGUCAACAAGCUAAUAGAUUAAAUCUUAUAUUUCACAUCCAAUGUUGAUAUCCCAUAUUUUCCUUCUUGUCAAAAUCGUAUGAAAAGAUCAAUUAAUUUAUGCCACAGAACAACUUAAUAUUGAAAGACAGAGCCACGCAUUUUUGGUUUUGGUCUUUUCAUGGAGUUUGUUGACAAAAACUUAAACAUGGCAACCUAAUAUAUCGAAGCAAAAACAAAUGGAUAUCAUUACUAUGUGCGGCACAUUCUGACACCCUAUUAUUAAAGGAUAAAUCAUUGCAUAGUUACCACCUCAUUGAGGAUUUUAUGUGAAGUACUAAAGGAAUUUGUCAGGAUUAUUCAGCUGAAGAUAAAGCUUCAUUAUCUUUUUGUGGGCUUCCUGUUCAAUUACGAUGUGUUAUGCACAUAAUUGCAAUUUAUUGGACCCUAACCCCUGCAGAGUUCACUAAGAAAUCAGACAGAGAAAUGCUGCAAAGCUGAACUCAGCAUACUUGCUGCCAAAUUAGAGAUAAUGAGCAAAUGUCUGAAUGCCUCGCUGCGUGAUGACUGCUAAUCAUCACUGCACACACAUAUUCACUCACAGGGUUUUACAUACUGCGUUGUGUAUUUAAAUACCGGCCUGUGCAGAAAGAGACAGCCAUUACUUUCCCAUCUCAAUCAUCAGCUCUGCCAACACACGAACCCUCUGCCCUGACAUCCAUGUUUCACUCUGUCCCUUCUAAAGCUGCCUUUCUUUCCUCCUCCAUCCCUCCUCCGCUCUGUUUCACAUUUAUGACUUUCGCCAUCCUCUGUUGCAAUGCUCUAUUUCUCAUGUAUCACUCUAGCCUUCCUGGUUUCCUCACUUCUAGCUUCCCUCUCCCCUGUUUCUCAUUAUAUCUGCCCUCAGACUCCCGUUAGUCUCCCUUUUCCUCUCCGCAUCACCUCUUCUCCCUUGCGUUCGACUUCGAUCCACUUUCCAUCCCUAAUUUGUCACCUCUUGGGAUGGCUUGAACGGACACUUCUCCCCAUAAACAAGUGAGGGGAAAUAGACAGAAUGGAGGAGAAUGAAAUAAUUGAUUAAAGAAAGCUGACAGGAAAGGUAGAGAUAUAAUAGGACAGGAAAAAGGACCACUUUAUCUACACUAUUAAUAAGAACAUAAAUAAAAGGAACAGGAAUUGUCAGGUGUAAAGAGGACACAUCAUUGAGCAUUUGAGAGAUAGUUAAAGCUGUGUGUAUAGGGUUUGUACUAUUCAGCUUUGGACAUUUGGCUUUUAAAGAUUGGUGUCUUUAGUUGCAUGUCUUUUAUUACUAUAUCAUGUAAUGAGCCCUCAUUGCAUAUUUAAGAUAAGAUAAGACGGAGGUUUAUUUAUCCCCGUGGGAAAAUAUAUAGUUUAUUCAGCAUUCAACACUUUAAGAGGGUUAUUAUUAUUUAAGUCACCUUGAAACAUUGAAAAGUCAGUCAGACAGCAUUUUUAAUCUUAAAGAUCUUAUGUUAGUUUAAGUAGCUAGCCGAAGCUAAUACAAUAUGCAAGAGAUUAAGAAAACAAUGACAUACUGUAUCCUUUAGGUGUUCAACAAAGCACAUUUUGUGGCCGCACCCAAACACAAAUGACUAUUCAGCCUGGUGCUAAGUUAAUCUUAAAGAUAGAGUGAAAGUGAAAAAAAUAAACCAAUUAAUUCACA